AUGCAUGGUGAUAUCCAGAUUCUGACUGUGGACGUUUCACCGGCAUCGUCAGUCUUGCCAUUCUCAGCACCAAAUCUCAAAUCAUCAGAAACAAGUAAGUCGAUCUCUCGACCAACUUUCUGCCGAAAUGGUUGCGCCAGCACUCCUCUUUUUCUUCUAUCCCCUCCGUUCAUUUCCUACCCUCUUGUCUCGCCCUCGUCCCAAUACACUUGUUUAUAUUCCACUUAUCAAGAGCUGUGGCAUCAUCACAACUGCUGUUUGCCUGGCCCCAUUCCUUUCGAGUGGCUGAUCUCACUCGGGCCUCCUGUUCGGAUCUGCCUCAUGGGCCUGUAG